GUAUAUGAAGAGCUGGAGGACGAGCGCUCUGCCCUGACAGUUGUGGCCAGUGUGAAGAAGGAUAGCUCUUCUUACAUCUGUGGACUGCUCAAGGAUGACAUCAUUCUCUCCAUCAACGGCACGGCUGUAUCCAGUCUAGAUCACGCCGUCAACAUCAUCCGUAGCAGUACACAGAGGUCUUUGCAGUUUGAGAUCCAGCGACCACCGGCUGGCGUUUACAUUAACGUGGUGUACGCCGAGUCAUCAUCGGCUUCAGCGUCAGCAGCUGCAGCCACAACCCCGACUGGCGGCGGCGGCGGCGCUGCUGCUGCCAGCACAGCCAACGCUGGUAUGCAGACAUCACAAUCUAACGCCAGUAUCGGCUCAGCAUCCUCCGCACCCGCUACUGCCACUGGCACCACCACUGGCCAAGCAGGCUCGGCAUCAUCCAUAUCAGCAGCCAUUCCCAUGGCAACCAGCGGUAACAUGGCGGCAGCAGCAAAAGCAGCACGCGGUGGCGAGUCUCCGUCUCAGGGCCGUCAGAUGGCGUCGUCCUCGGCAACGACGCCUACCACCAUCAAUGUAGCCCGGGCGCGUGUGCUCAGUGAUGUCGACGCGGAUGAGUACGAGAUCCCCGUUCCGGAGACCUUCGAUAUGUCUCCACCUCGCCACGAUGCCCCAGAGAUGGACCUCGACUCUUGGGCGGUGGUGGAUGGGACCGGUGUCAGCCGUCCCGUCAUGCAGAUCCGCUCAUCCCGCGCCUGCCCAGACGUGUAUGACCCGGAUUCCGGCAGUCUUCCCAAACAGACAUGCCCUGUUCCGGCUUGUCCAGAUCCAGGCUGGCGGGAAACGUUCCCAUUCUCUCUUUCAUCAGAAGACCGCUACCUGAGCGUAUGCGUGUGGGCUAAGCUGGAGAAUAGUCGCAAUAACCUGCUGAUUGGCUAUGCUAGUAUUCCUCUACACGACAUAGCUGUGGAAUGUGCGGCAGUGAAUGUUGGGCGUCACGAACAGUGCUACGUUUUAAUUCCCGGAAUUCAUCUCACCGCUAACGCAAACCGUGCCGCCCUUCGAGCCGCCGGAGCCAUCCAGCCCGGCAAGCUACCGACCAGUGCUCGUACAUGGUAUGAACGUGAGUACAGCGGUGAUGUCCGUCUUGUCUUCAGUCACUUGCCAUUGCCGGCAUCUGCAAGUGCGUCAGCUGCGCCUACUCCGUCACCGCCCAGAUCAAGUGCCGCUUCACCGUGCAGUGAACCAAGUUCUCCGCCGCGACCUACCGGUCGCAGGACCAGCCAGGCAACGUCCUCUCACACUCCCGAGAAGCCAUCCAAACCAAACAGCGAUACCAGUAGCAGCACAUCGCACUCACCACCAUCCACAACAGCUGCUGCGACGGCGGCAGCAGCAACAGCAGCAGCAAUGUCAUCAUCGCAUGCAAACCGGUCGGGUACGCCGUCACCUCACGGCCAGGCAUCCUCCUCACCCAUCACAAGCACAGCUGCUGCAACAUCAUCAACAACAACGACGCCAUCGGCAGCAAUGAUGUCGUCAUCACUCAGCACAAUGACAUCAAUGACAUCGGCAUCCAUUGCCGGCGGCGAUGCGACGUCAUUGCUGACCAGAUCCGAAGGGGCACACGUACCGACAAGCUCCCACGGCAUGCGGGCCCGUGCCAGUGCCAUGACAUCAUCAAUGACAUCAUCGGCAUCGCCGGCUGCCGCCCAGCACACGGGCAUGCUGCCGUCCAAUCCCCUACCACCGAACACCAGUGGGAAUGAGUCGGAACACGUGCAGCGUAAUGGCAAUGACAGAUCGUCUCCAUGUCCAUCUCCCGGUCCGGGAUUCCGAGACUCGCCCCAACCUGGUGAUAGCAAUGUGCGUAGGAAACCUGCAUCAGCGCUUGCUCAGACGUACACGAACUCUCCGUCGUCACGCCACACGCCUGGCUCUCUUCGCCGAUCGACUGUCAGCCACGACUUUUUGGCCAUCACUAUUCCAGUGCCGACAUCCUGCAUCAUUUGCGGAAAGAAGAUCUUCAAGAAGCGGUGUCAGCGUUGCCAGGGCUGCAUGGGAGCAGCUCAUACUGAAUGUGCUAUCUCCAGCAACACUGCAGUAUGUCCACGGUGA